GUAACACCGGUUUGUGUAAUCAAUUUAAAUUUGAAUGACUGCGAGUAAAAGAAUAUAAACUCAUUAAUAAUUGGUAAUAAAUUCAAUUUAUGAGCAGCGAAAACAGUAUUAGAUUUGAAUACUGAAUAAAAAAAUCAAAUUUUCUCUAUUAAGGUGUUUACAUUAAAAAGAUUAUUUAAUUGCAAUAAAAGCAAGAGAGAAAAGGUGACAAUUCUGAUUGCAUGCAAAUACAAAAAAUCUAAAUUUAAUUGCACGCCUCGAACGCGAAGCGGAUGAUUUUGAAUUUAUAUGAGAAAUUAUAUAUAUAGAUAAAAAAUGCAACACGCGACCGAUUACACGAAUAACGAUAACGAACAUGAAAAACUAAGGACUUGUAUAUUCAAUGGAAAAAUUAAAAGUUCUGAUACAAUUAUUCAAGACUUAUUCAAAGUAAAACUUCCCUCGAAUUGGGAAAAAUUAAAUGAUGAAACAAAACGUAAGUUAAUGCGUCAAUGGGCCCGAUAUGCGUUUCCUAAUUUACCUGAAACCUUAAUGAGCAUAACUGUAGGGUCAACUGUUGAUGGAGACUCGGAAAAAUCUAUUGACGAAAUACCUAAGUGGCUAGAUCGGGAAAAAUUUUCACGCGGUCAAAAAUUUGCUCAAGAUAAUUUAUUUGGCGUUUUUAUUUCUACACUUUUGAGUCUGUUUGGUAUUUAUUCAUUUGAAGAUGGCUUAAAGCCAUUGAUUGCGACUGGAAAAUCAUCAGAACCUUAUACAGCAUAUAAAAGAUACCUGUCCACUGUUGCACGGUUCAGAAAUUGGUACACGAGCGAUCCUUGGACAAAGGGUACAAUAGCGUACAACGACAUUAGAACAGUACGUCGAGUCCACACAAUUGUACGUGAUAAAUUAAAUGCAAUGUCAAACGAAGACGUAGAUAAAGCUGCGACAAUUGAAAAUCCGUGGUCGCCGAUGAGAAAUAUUUUGUUAGAAGAUUUUCAAUCAGUAUGUCCUGUAUCUUUACAUGGACAAUGCCCUUUUUUAAUGGGAGCUUUGGAUUCCGUACGACUAAAAAAAAUGAAUCAAGGAGAAAUGGCUUUGACUCAAGGUUCAUUUGUUUGUUUAACUAUUCUUUAUCCAGAAGCUUUUGGUAUCCAUGAUGCUACUGAUGAUGAUCUUGAUGCUUUUUGUCAUUUGUGGAGAGGUAUUGGAUAUCUUCUCGGUAUCGAAGAUGAGUUCAAUUUUUUCCGAGGAUCAUUUGAUGAUAUUAAGCAGCGUUCCGCGGACUAUUUAAAUGAAUGGGUGAAACCAAACUUACGUGGCAUAACUUCAGAAUGGGAGCAUAUGAUAAGAUGUUUAAUGAGUGGUAUACAAUAUUAUCUUCCCGGUAUGUCUUAUGAAAUAGGUCUAUUGUAUGCCAUGGAAUUAAUGAAUAUCAAUAUGCCGCGAUUGCGUUCGUCCCUUUCCUAUAGCGAUAGGAUAAAACAUUAUUUUAUUAAAUUUAUCAUGAAUUACGCAUGCCGAUUUCAACAAGUCAAAAAAUAUGUCAACAUUUUCUUUGACAGCUGUAUUAAUCGUGGACUACAAUUUACAGAUGAAAAGCAUGCGAAAUUACGUGUGAGAUCGUCCAAAGCAUUAAAUUCCGCUAUAUUAAAUAAACAUGAAUAGCGAUAACUAAAUAUUGAUAUUUUCUUAUACGGAAAGUAAAUUAUAGUAACCGUUCACCGGUGCAAUAUGAUCUCUAGUUCCAAAAAAUAACUUUUUCUUUCUUUUUAAUAAAUUUUUCUUUAUUUAAUUAUGAAAUGUAAUAAAUUCGUACAAAUAAAUCGUUUUUG